AUGUCUACUAUCAACAAGAACAAACCUUUUCUGUUCCCACAAGCUAAUUCAACUGUCCUCCCUGACCCCUCCAACUUCUUCUCUUCAAAUCUUCUAUCCACACCCCUCCCUACUAACUCUUUCUUCCAAAACUUCUCUCUCAAAAAUGGUGACCAACCUGAAUACAUUCAUCCUUACCUCAUCAAAUCAUCUAACUCAUCCAUUUCUGUCUCUUAUCCAACUCGCUCUUCCAGUUCUGCUGUCAUUUCACAAGUUUUCAACAAUGAUCUCACCAUAACUUCCAACAACAAACAAAGCAGUGAUGGAAAACACAUAAUCUCUUCCUAUAGUGAUCUUGGUGUUACCUUAGAUAUCCCUUUUUCAAGUCUCUGUGUCUUUCUUGUUAGAGGAAGUCCCUAUUUGACUUUUUCUGUAUCACAGACACCUCUUUCCAUUUCCACCAUUCAUGCCAUUCUUUCUUUCUCUUCAAAUGAUUCCCUCACAAAAUUCAACUUUAAGCUUAACAAUGGUCAAACAUGGAUACUAUAUACUUCCUCACCAAUCAAAUUGACUCCUUAUCAUUCUGAGAUCAUUACUGAUUUCUAUUCCGGCAUAAUUCGCCUCGCUUUGUUGCCUGAUUCCGAUCCAAAACACGAAGAUGUUCUGGAUAGGUAUAGUUCUUGUUACCCUUUAUCAGGUAAUGCUAAACUCAGAGAACCAUUUUGUGUUGAGUAUAAGUUUGAGAAGGAAGGUUCAGGUGAUUUGUUAUUGUUAGCACACCCUCUUCAUCUUCAGCUUUUAUCUAAUAGCGAAAAUGAUGUAACUGUUCUUGAUGAUUUCAAGUAUAAUAGCAUUGAUGGUGAGCUUGUUGGUAUUGUUGGUGAUUCAUGGAUUUUGAAAACGGAACCCGUUUCAAUAACUUGGCAUUCAAGCAAAGGUGUUAAAGAAGAAUCACUUGAUGAAAUUGUUUCAUCACUUUCUAAAGAUGUUGAAGGCUUAAACUCAUCAGGAAUCUCAACAACUUCGUCGUAUUUUUAUGGAAAACUGAUUGCAAGAGCAGCAAGGCUUGCAUUGAUAGCAGAAGAGGUUUUUUCCUUUGAAACUAUUCAGAAAGUUAGAAAGUUUUUGAAAGAAACCAUUGAGCCUUGGCUUGAAGGAAGUUUCAAUGGAAAUGGUUUUCUACAUGAUACAAAAUGGGGAGGAAUUAUAACUCAACAAGGCUCUAAUGAUACGGGUGGUGAUUUCGGAUUCGGAAUUUACAAUGAUCAUCAUUAUCAUUUAGGAUACUUUGUUUAUGCAAUUGCAGUGCUUGUUAAGAUUGAUCCAUCUUGGGGUAGGAAGUAUAAGGCACAUGCCUAUUCACUCAUGGAAGAUUUUAUGAACUUGAGUAUAAAAUCGAACACGAAAUACACACGUUUGAGGUGUUUCGAUCUUUAUAAGUUGCAUUCGUGGGCCGGAGGGCUAACCGAGUUUACAGACGGAAGAAAUCAAGAGAGUACUAGUGAAGCUGUGAAUGCAUACUAUGCUGCAGCAUUGAUGGGAAUGGCGUACGGUGAUCCUCAUCUUGUGACCAUUGGGUCAACAUUGACAUCAUUGGAGAUUCUUGGAGCAAAAAUGUGGUGGCAGGUGAAAAAAGGAGGGAAGCUCUAUGAAGAAGAGUUUACAAAAGAGAAUAGGAUAAUGGGAGUUUUGUGGAAUAAUAAGAGAGAUAGUGGAUUAUGGUUUGCUUCAGCUGAGGCUAGAGAAGCUAGGCUUGGAAUUCAGCUUAUACCAUUGAGUCCAAUUUCUGAAGUUUUGUUUUCUGAUGUUGAUUAUGUGAAGGAUCUUGUGGAGUGGACAUUGCCUGCUUUGAAAAGGGGUGUUAGUGAAGGAUGGAAAGGUUUCUUGUAUUCAUUGGAAGGGAUUUAUGAUAAUGAAAGUGGUAUGGAGAACAUAAGAAGUUUGAAGGGUUUUGAUGAUGGAAACUCAUUCACUAAUCUAUUGUGGUGGAUUCAUAGUAGAGGUCAAGGUGGUGGUGAUGAUGAUGAGUAG